GCGGCGGCUCCUUUAGGCAGCUGAAGGGGGAUUUAGGCCCGGAAGAUCCGAGUCCAUCCGCGGCGGGGAGAGCGUGAGCGGGGCCGGCAGGGGCCGGAGCAGCGGCGGCGGCGCUCGGACUGUCCCAUCCGCCCCGUAUUGAGGCGCUGAGAGCGACGGGGCAACCGGAAAGCGAUGGUGAAAGCGGGGCCGUGAGGGGGGCGGAGCCGGACCGGACCCGCAGUAGCGGCAGCAGCGGCGCCGCCUCCCGGAGCGCAGACCCAGGAACGCGGCCGGGCGGGGCGGGCAGCAGCGAGCCGCACCGCCGCCAUGGAGCUGAGGGUCGGGAACAGGUACCGGCUGGGCCGCAAGAUCGGCAGCGGCUCCUUCGGAGACAUCUAUCUCGGUACGGAUAUUGCUGCAGGAGAAGAAGUUGCCAUCAAGCUUGAAUGUGUCAAAACCAAACAUCCUCAGCUCCACAUUGAGAGCAAGAUCUACAAAAUGAUGCAGGGAGGAGUGGGCAUCCCCACCAUCAGAUGGUGUGGGGCUGAGGGGGACUACAAUGUCAUGGUGAUGGAGCUACUGGGACCGAGCCUAGAAGACCUCUUCAACUUCUGUUCAAGGAAGUUUAGUCUGAAAACUGUCCUGUUGCUUGCUGACCAAAUGAUAAGUCGUAUUGAGUACAUUCAUUCGAAGAAUUUCAUUCAUCGAGAUGUGAAGCCAGAUAACUUCCUCAUGGGGCUGGGAAAGAAAGGCAACCUGGUCUACAUCAUUGACUUUGGUCUGGCCAAGAAGUACCGGGAUGCCCGCACCCACCAGCAUAUCCCCUAUCGAGAGAACAAGAACCUCACAGGGACAGCACGCUAUGCCUCCAUCAACACACAUCUUGGCAUUGAACAAUCUCGAAGGGAUGACUUGGAGUCUCUGGGGUACGUGCUGAUGUACUUCAACCUGGGCUCUCUCCCCUGGCAGGGGCUGAAGGCCGCCACCAAGAGGCAGAAGUACGAGAGGAUCAGUGAGAAGAAGAUGUCCACCCCCAUCGAAGUGCUGUGCAAGGGCUAUCCUUCUGAAUUUGCCACGUACCUGAAUUUCUGCCGUUCCUUACGUUUUGAUGACAAACCUGAUUACUCCUACCUGAGACAGCUCUUCAGAAAUCUGUUCCAUCGCCAGGGCUUCUCCUACGACUAUGUGUUCGACUGGAACAUGCUCAAAUUUGGUGCCAGCCGAGCUGCAGACGAUGCUGAGCGGGAACGCCGGGACCGAGAGGAGCGCUUAAGACACUCCCGGAAUCCAGCCACCCGUGGCCUCCCUUCUACAGCUUCCGGCCGUCUGCGGGGAACCCAGGAAGUGGCUCCCCCAACGCCCCUUACCCCUACCUCACACACGGCCAACACCUCUCCUAGGCCCGUCUCUGGCAUGGAACGAGAACGGAAAGUGAGCAUGCGACUGCACCGUGGGGCACCAGUCAACGUUUCCUCGUCUGAUCUCACGGGCCGACAAGAUACCUCUCGCAUGUCCACCUCACAGAAUAGCAUUCCUUUCGAACACCACGGCAAGUAGCUGCUCGUCUCCAUCGGAAGGCAGCACUGGAUUCCCGGUCGGGUGGCUUCCAGUGGUCUUCAGUCUGUCGUGCACCGAUGAGAACUCUCCUUUUUGCUGUGAAGGGCAGACAAUGCAUGGCUGAUCUACUCUGUUACCAAUGGCUUUACUAGUGACACGCCCCCCGGUCUAAACCCGAAAUGUUAACGCCGGGAGCUCUUCAGGCCACUCACCCAGCGACGCUCAUGGGGAAUCAAACACAAACUAAAUGGACAGGCUCCAAGAGCUGCCACCGCCAGGGGCUGCCACCGCCAGGGGCUGCCACCACGGCCCCAUGGGAGCUCAGUUACCAUGGGGCUGGAAUGAAGAGCAGAGGCUGGGAGAGCAUUGCAGAGAGAACCCGACUCCCUGUGAAGAGCUCUCCGCUCCCGCCAGUGGUGGAGGACCUGCACUCCCUGCGAUCCCACUGCAGCUGCCAGUCUUCUACUUGGUUAAGACAGUUUUGUAUCAUUUUGCUAAAAAUUACUGGCUUAAAUCUGUGUAAAGAAA